CGGGGCUCGGGGACCACGAGGCGGGGGCGCCCCGGGCUCCGCGGCGGCCACCGCCCCUCCUGCGGCUGGAGCGCUUCCAAAGCAGAGGAGCAGCGUCGCUCGCCUCUGCACUAGCUCGGAGGUCCUCCUGCUCCGGGUCCUCCUCCUCGGGCCCCUCCUUCUCCUCCCCUUGCCCUCCGCGGCUGCUCCCGCAGCCGGCUCCUCCUCUCCCUCCCUCCCCCUCUUCGCCCUUUCCGCGCCAACUUUCCCGAGCCCCGGCCGGAGGCGCACGGCUCCCCGGCAGCCUCGGGGCCGACUGCAGACCGAGGGCUGCGAGCGGCUGUGACCUGUGUAUCCUGUCCCCGCGCCCCUGGUGCGCUCCGCAGAGAACAGCACGAUGCCCGGGGCUGGGCACCGAGGUGCAGCCCGGGCGAGAUGGCUGGGCACUGGCCUUUUGGGUCUCUUCCUGGUCCCUGUGUCCCUGUCGCUGGAGGUAUCUGUGGGCAAGGCCACCACCAUCUACGCCGUCAAUGGCACGGAGAUCCUGCUGCCCUGCACCUUCACCAGCUGCUUUGGCUUCGAGAACCUGCGCUUCUGGUGGUCCUACAACAGCAGUGAUACAUUCAAGAUUCUCAUAGAUGGGAUUGUGAAGAAUGAGAAGUCAGACCCCAAGGUGAAGUUGAAAGAUGAGGACCGCAUCACUCUGGAGGGCUCUGUGAAGGAGAAAGUGAACAAUAUUUCCAUUCUGCUGAGGAACCUGGAGUUCAGCGACACGGGCAAAUACACCUGCCACGUGAAGAACCCCAAGGAGAAUUAUCUUCAGCACCAGGCCACCAUCUUCCUCCAAGUGGUUGAUAAACUGGAGGAAGUGGACAACACAGUGACACUCAUCAUCCUGGCCGUUGUGGGCGGGGUCAUUGGGCUCCUCAUCUUCAUCCUGCUGGUUAAGAAGUUAAUCGCCUUCAUUAUCAAGAAGACUCAGGAGAAGAAGAAGGAGUGCCUCGUGAGUUCGUCAGGGAACGAUAAUACAGAGAAUGGGUUACCUGGCUCCAAGGCGGAAAAGAAAGCACCAACAAAAGUGUGAGCCCUGCUUGGGGCCAAGCAGCCGCCGGGAGCCUCGCUUUCUAAUGAUGAAACUGAUGCCUGAGCCGUGUCCGUGAACCCACGUGCCUGAGACAUCUGCUGCUUGGCUCAAACUGUAGUCUUUCCGGGCGGGGAGAAACUGGGGUCCUGUCCAGCCUGCCCCACCCCCUCCCCCGCCAGGGCUCCCCAGGGACAAGGGCUGGCCAAGGGAGGGGCCCUGUGGAAGGUUCAGGAAAGGAAAGGAGGGGCUGGAGCGGUGUGGAGGGCCGGUCCCCCGACACCUGGGUAGAUGGUCUCCUUCAGUGUCCCCACCCUGGACAGGGAAUGCCUUGGUUUUCCUCCCGAUGUCUCUUUGUGAGAGAUUUGGGGGGUUGGUGAGGGCUGCCCCAGUAGCUGGGCCCUGAGUGUGGAGGACUAACCCUUCUACGGUGGGAGUGGCCAGAGGACUCUGUACAGGAUCCGAGGGUGGGAGGUGCUGGAGGGGUCCUACAGUGAGGGGCUUUGAUGGAUUCCUGCCGCCCCACGUCCUUCUAGUGAGGAACUCCCCUUUCCCCCCACCCCUGGGUGCCUGCCUGCCUGUCUUGGUUCUGCCCCCAAUCCCAGACCCCAUGCUGCUCAGUCUCUGAACCCUCCCAGCUAGGGCUGCCACCUCGGUCUUGGGGGGUCCUAGCCCACCUAGUCUGCUGCUCUGAUCUCUGGGCCCUGAGGGCUCAUGCAGGGGUCCCUCAGGCCUUCCCAGAGCACUGGGGCGCCACCUACACCUUUCCUAGUAUUUCUCCUUGGGGGAUCAGGGCUGCAGAGGUGGGCCUCUUGGCCACGGAAUGCUCACCCCGGCCCUGCCAACGCUGGCUGCCCCCCC